GCCGUCAAAGUCAAUCACCUCGAUCUGGUUCUUGCUCCGACACACCGAGAUCUUGUGGUCGGACAUCAGUUUUGAGAUUUAUGCUGGUCUACGGAGAUAGAUCUACUUGAAUUCGAGAAUCGUAACGAGGAGGAGAUGGCGAUCACGGCGACGAGAUUGGUCUCUCUCACUCUCAUGUGGGUCCUCGUCCUGUUCGUUACACUAGCUCUCAUUCAGAUGAAACUGACUGAUGUUGGGGCUCCUAAGCUGAAUCGGAAGAUUGCUGAUGCUGAUAUUGAUCAGAUCUGUUUUGGUUGAAACGGUUGGAGAGAAUUUGGAAGGAGUCACCCACAGAGUUUACUUUGACAUUGAGAUCAAUGGAUCUCCGGCAGGUCGGAUUGUCAUGGGCCUCUUCGGGGAGAUAGUUCCUAAAACCACAGAGAACUUUCGAGCCCUUUGCACGGGGGAGAAAGGACUUGGAAACAGUGGAAAGCCUCUUCAUUUCAAAGGAAGCACCUUCCACAGGAUCAUUCCUAGCUUUAUGAUUCAGGGUGGUGAUUUCACGCGAGGUGAUGGUCGUGGUGGAGAGUCUAUAUACGGCGAUAAAUUCUCCGACGAAAACUUCAAACUGAAACACACCGGUCCUGGAGUUUUAUCAAUGACGAACGCGGGUCCAGACACUAACGGAUCGCAGUUCUUCAUCACGACUGUCACCACAAGCUGGUUGGACGGGCAUCAUGUUGUGUUUGGGAAGGUCUUGUCGGGCAUGGAUGUUGUUCACAGGGUCGAAUCCCAGGGUUCAGAGAACGGCGUCCCCAAGAACAGAGUCAUCAUUUCCGAGAGCGGCGAAUUAACUCCGUAGAUUUUCGAGUUUGUGGAAACUAUAACAAACGCCAUAUGUUUCGAUCCAUCUAAAAUCAAAAGGGUUUGAACGGAAAGAUCAACAAGACUUCAUCAAGAACACGUUCCGGAUCAUUGAACAGAAUUAGGGUCUUAUUGAAUGUAGGAUUCGGAUUGAUAUUAUAACAGGGGAAGAAGGUUGGAAAAUGUACAUUUCCUUGAUUUCAAGUAAACAGGAGAAAGUGCAAUCACCACCAAUUGUAUAUUUUUUUUCUAUACAAAUUAAACACUAAUCGUGUAUUGUUAAACGUAAGAGCAGAAGAAAGUUCGGUAGCUGUGUAA